CUCUACUACUACUACCAAACCCUUUUUUUUUUUUGUUUUUUUUUGGUUUAAAUACUACUACCAAACCUUGCCACCUCUUCUGUCCUGUUUUCAAGCAGAGAAGCAUAGAACUGAGCAAGCAUGGAAGAAGAGUUACUAAACGGCAAUGGCGGUGGCGGCAGCGAAGAAGUGAGUGCUUCCUCCGCCACCACAGCGGUGGUCGUCCUCAGCAUCUUUGUCGCUGUCUCCGGUUCUUUCGGCUAUGGAUGUGCUGCUGGAUAUUCAUCUCCUGCUGAGUCUGGCAUCAUGACUGACCUGGGCCUCUCUACGGCAGAAUACUCAGUUUUCGGAUCAACAUUGACAUUUGGAGGAAUGUUAGGUGCAGUAAUAAGUGGAAAAGUCACAGAUCUCAUUGGCCGGAAAGGAGCUAUGUGGUUCUUGCAAAUAUUUUGCAUCAUGGGGUGGCUUUCAAUAAUUUUCGCAAAGGGAGCUUGGUGGCUUGACAUUGGAAGACUCUUAUUGGGAGUUGGAGUUGGGAUUAAUUGUUAUGUGGUAAGCGUAUAUAUAGCAGAAAUCGCACCUAAGAAUAUUCGAGGAGGAUGUUCAUCAAUGAAUCAGUUAUCAGUAUCUUGUGGCAUGUCAUUGAUGUUUUUCGUUGGAAAUCUCAUUACUUGGCGCUCUUUGGCUUUAAUAGGUAUUGUACCAUGUCUGGUACAAGUUGUUGGUUUGUUCUUCAUACCAGAGUCUCCGAGAUGGUUGGCAAAGAUUGGUAAAGAGAAAGAGUCAGAAGCGACUCUGCAACGUCUGAGGGGGGAAAAAUGUGAUAUUUCUCAAGAAGCAGCUGAAAUCAAGGAUUACACAAAAAAUCUUCAAGAACUCUCACAUUCCAGAAUUUUAGACCUGUUUGAGAGGAGAUAUGCUCACUCACUCAUUGUUGGAGUCGGGCUAAUGUUACUGGUACAAUUUGGAGGGAACGGUCCAAUUGCAUUUUAUGCAAGUUCUAUUUUUGAAGCUGCUGGUUGUUCGGGUAGUGUUGGCACUACGGCAAUGGCUGCUAUUCAGAUUCCAUUUUCUAUUUUUGGUGUACUCUCAAUGGAUAAAUUUGGACGACGACCACUUCUGAUGGUUAGUGCAUCUGUAGCAUGCUUAGGAACCUUUCUUGCAGGACUUGCAUUCCUAUUGCAGGAUUUUCAUCAACAGGCGGAGCUCACUACCAUAUUGAUUCUUAGUGGCAUACUGCUAUUUUCUGCUGCUUUUUCGACUGGCCUGGGUGGUACACCAUGGGUUAUCAUGUCAGAGAUAUUUCCUAUCAACAUUAAGGGUUCAGCUGGAAGCUUGGUGACUUUGGUCAACUGGAUUGGUUCUUGGAUUGUUUCCUACACUUUCAACUUUAUAUUUGAAUGGAGCUCAGCAGGGGUAUUCUUCAUGUUCGCAACCAUCUGCUGUUUAAUUGUUCUCUUUGUUGCAAGACUGGUGCCAGAGACAAAACGACGAACAUUGGAAGAAAUACAAGUAUCCAUGAUUGACCUCAUUCAAUGAGAUACUGUUACGAAAACUAAAUAAAUGUUAUAUGGUUUCCAUGUUUUUUGUGGUUUCCAUGAUAAACCUGCUUGGGCCAAUUGCAUGUGAACAUCCAAAUAUUAUCACUAGUUGUGCAUUUAGCAUCAAUAAAAUUCUAUUUAUUAUGGCA